AUGGCCUUUGAGCUACGGCGGAGGCUCUGUGUGAUCGCCGACUACUUGGACGAGGGUGAGGCACUUUUUAAUGAGACCUUUGCAAAUAAACAUGACGACGACACCAUGCCAUGUCAGGAGAGCCAUCAGUCGACGGAGUCCACGUUCUCCGCGUUGAUGCCUACAUCCCUUGCAACAGUGCCGGAUGAGUUGCGAAUGACAAACGAAGUCCAACGCAUACUGCGCACUGGACGCGAAGUUCAUGAACGUGUUAGGGAUGUACUGCGGGAGGCGGCAAUGAAUCCCGCCUUUACAUUUGCAGCUCUUCGCUGCUGA